UCCUCCAACACACACGUAACUGGAAAGAAAUCACUUAUCAAACCAAAAUGGAUGAACAGAAUAAUGAUCAAAAGCCAAAGCAAUCAACACCGCCACCGCCGCAACUACCAGAAAAGUCGUCUAGCGAAGAAUCCAUUGAAUUCGAGACGGAGCAGCAACAAAUACCCGUGCCCUCAGAGCAUAUGCAACGAAGACUAGACAUGGCAGAGGUCGUACCGCCAUCGGGCAUGCCACCAACGCCAGUACCCUCAGCGGAAACGCUACGAAAGCAUGUAUUGGAUGAAGAAGGUAUGCCGACAGGAAUGCGCGUGACCCCUGUGCCAUCAGUGUACGACUUUGAAGCGCCACCAGAGCCUACAGCUGAUAACAGAACCCCAGCUGAACGUGCAGCCACGCAAUACACUGUUGAAGAAGCGGCGUCGAUAGCAGCAGCAGCACCAGGUGCAAAUACACCAGAGCAGCCGCCUAAACCACCAGCUACUGAAACGCCAUUGAUUACCAUAUCACCGCCGCGCACUAACACGUCACUAAAACCAGCUGCGGUUGCCAGUGAUCACCUAACGCCCACGUCUUCACAGAAUCUCACAUCACAAGCGAGUUUGCCGGAGACAGGAUCCGGCAAAAAGAAGGUCAGUAUACCGGAAGCGCAUAGCAAUGUAGACAAGAUAAUCGAGGAGGACAUACAUUUGACCGAUGUGCAGAAGGCGGCGUUGAGAAACUUCGAGUCGAUGGUUAAACAUCACGAGCCCGACUUGCCUGAGCUACAAAUCGAGGACAUCAUACAAGUUAAGCGCGCCUGGUUGAAGCCGAUUGGGCUCUUUAUGGUCUGGUUAAUGUUCACGGUGCAAUUUAUUAUCUACAGAGAUUUACCCAGCAAUCCGAAGUUGAUUUCGAUCAAGCCGCACGAGGAGAAGGUCAUACCAGUGCCCAAUAUAACGGACACAUCAAUAUCGCUGUCCAUAUAUGGACCCUUUCUGCAGGAUGGCGAUCUCGUCUAUGCGGGCAGAGAGAAUGAAGCGAGCUUCCUAAAUAUUCAGGCGGAGCGCAUUUUCUACAAUAGCAAAAUGACAGCGAUUAUAACUGUGAAAAUUGCCGAUCUGUGGCGUGAGUACUUGGAUACGAGUGAUAAAAUCGAAAGGAUCGUACCGACUGUGCGCUAUGCGAUAAUGCCCUUGUGGCAGAAUAUCUCGAAGGAUAACUACACACGCAUGUUCCUGCGCAUGUACACGAAUCACAAUGAGAUUGUCACCCUCAAAUAUAAUUACGAUUGGCUGCCCGUGCCGACGGAGAAGGGACUGCUCUUCACGCUACUCGUGCUGUUGCUGCUCUAUGCGCUCUUCAUAUUCGAGGUAACCAAUCCGACGCUCUCUUCGCUGAUUUGUUCCACCUUCGCAUUGGCCAUACUCUCGAUUUUGAAUCCGAAGCCAUCGUUCGAUACGAUACUCGAUUGGAUCGAUAUGCCGAUGCUGACGCUGCUCUUCAGCAUGAUGAUCAUUGUGGCGAUCAUAUCCGAUGCGGGCAUGUUCGACUUUGUAGCAAUUUACGCGUAUCAGCUCUCGAAGGGCAGCGUCUUUCGGCUCAUUAUGAAUUUGUGCUUCUUUAUCAGCUUAAUCUCGGGGUUUCUCAAUAACAGCACCACAAUGCUGCUCUCAUCACCGAUCACGAUCAAACUCUGCGAGGUCUCCGGCAUGAAUCCAGUUUCGGUGCUCACGUACGUCAUGAUUUGUGCCAACGUCGGCGCCGCCUUUACGCCACUCGGCAGUCCGCCGAAUAUUAUUAUAACAACGAACGAUUAUCUACAAAAACACGGCAUUACAUUUGGCACUUUCGUCAUAAAUAUGGCGCCAUGCACACUGCUCGUGCUGCUGCAGACCUACUUCCAGUUACGUUUCUACUCAACACACUCGCGUCUGCUCGACUACCGCGAAUCGCCAAGCGUGCAGAAGGAGUUGCUAAAUCGUGGCAUUCAACGUUGGCGCCGCGCUUCGAGUGCGCUCGGCAGCUUUUUGGCGGACGAUCGUCGCAUACGCAAUGUCAUCGAGCGGGCAAUCGGUAAGAUGCGCCAGGGCAUACAGGGUGUGCCGAAGCCCGCCGAGGAGAAGACAUACAAUUACCAACGCACGCUGGCCGAGUUGAAGAAACGGCAUGGCACAAUCGAUAAGGUGCUGCUGAUCAAAUGCGUCGCUGUGCUGACAUUUAUAAUGACGAUCUUCAUGCUGCGCUCGUUUGAGUAUUUCAAUGUUAUCGGUUUCUCUUGGACUGCGCUACUCGGCGCCAUACUGCUGCUCAUACUCGCCGACAUCAAUGAUUACGAGAGUCUCCUGUGCCGCAUCGAGUGGUCGACGCUGAUGUUUCUCUCAUCAUUUUUCGUGCUCAUCGAAGUGCUCUCUCAGCUGGGUUUCGAGGAUAUCAUCGGUCAUAACAUAAUUAAAGCUAUCGAGAGCACACCGGAGAGCCUACAGCUGCUGGUGGCACUCAUGCUCAUCCUAUGGGUUACCGCUUUUGCUUCGUGUUUCCUCAAUAACAACCCUGUUACUCAAAUGAUGGUACGCGUUGUGGUCUCGAUUGCGCAAAUCAAACAUUUGGCUUUGCCAUUGGCGCCGCUGGUGUGGGCUCUGGUGAUGGGUGCUGCUUUUGGUGGUAAUGGCUCACUUAUUGGCGCAUCGGCGAAUAUUGUGACGGCGGGUGUGGCGAACAAGCAUUUGUAUAAGUUAACAUUUCGCAAAUUUUUCUUGGUGGGUUUCUCGAUAAUGCUCGUUAAUAUUGUUGUUGCAUCGCUAUAUUUGAUUUUGAUGUAUGUGGUGAUCAAAUGGGAUGGCAUGGUGUUUUGAAGGCGAUGUUUCGAAAUAAAUGCAUGGAUUAUGAA